ACCAGAAGACUGUUCCCUGCCAUGCGCGCCAGGCACAGCAUGGGAAGGCGCUCCUGUUGCCGGCGGCCCUUGCCGGUGGUGGCAAGUCUGGGUGCUGCGCUCCUGCUCCUGUGCGCCCUGCGUCCCGCAUUUGAAAACAAAGCUCUGGGCUCCAGCUGGUUUGGUGGAGUGAGGAAGAGUCCCCUACAGCUGUUGCAUGACCUGGACCAGGUAAGUGGCUGGAAUACGCGCCGUCAUGAGCCCUUCAACGAACACUGGGAGCGCGCACAUGCGCUGUGCCAUCCGUGCCUAGUGCGCUAUGAUGUAGUGGGCAAGUUCGAGACGCUAGCAGAUGAUGCNGCCUUCGUGCUGGACCUGGUGGGUGAGCCUGGGCUACGUUUCCCUGCUCCACCGCUGAGGCCAGAGAAGGACCUGACGCGUGAGCAGGCCCGGCGCCUUUUCCAGGACAUCAGCCCCUUCUACCAGCGUCGCCUCUUUAACCUCUAUAAGAUGGACUUUCUGCUCUUCAAUUACUCUGCCCCUUCCUACCUGCGACUGCAAUAAGGGUGUUGGGUGCAAUAGUGCCAGUGGCUGCUGUGACCAGGAGGCCACCAGGAGGUCUGGAANGAACCUGGUUGUGUGGAUUGGAGACCUUAUCCAGUGGGCCUGACAAAGAGUCUAGCCACUGGUCACACUCAUUCGGACUGGGUAGGGUACAGGUUGCUUUAGGUGACCACACACUUGUCAGGCCAUUUCUGCUGUUAGUUUGAUGCAUGUCUCUUCCUCCCCCUCUCUUCCUCCCCCUCUGCAGAUGUCAGGCUUCUUCCUAGGACUCCAGGUUUGUAGUUUUUUGGUUUGGUUGUGAGAGGCCAUUUCUCAGUCUUGUCUGUGUAGAACCUGUCCAUGGCAUGGUGCUACAAGACAGAAUGUCAUGGCUUGGUUCAGUGUGGCCUAAGGUCCAGCCCUAUGUCCUCUUCUCUNAGGCUGGCAAGGGCACACAUGGCUGGAGAGAANCUGUGCCCUGGCCAGCUUCGGGACAAGAGGUAUGGCCACUCUUGUCAGCAUUUACUGCUUAGGAGUUAACAUGAGCUGCCUGCCACCCCAGCAGUCACAGGAUGGUGAGCAGUACCACUCCACAUCUACCUGGCUGGUCUACCUUUGAUCUCAGCCUUGCAAGAGGCUGGAUCUUCCCCCGUGUCAGCAGAGGCCAAGAUGCAAUACUGUGGCAGCUUUUUCAGCUCACUUUUUNUUGUUGUUGUUUGUUUGUUUGUUUUUUUAA